AUGGUGAUGUGGCUUAGGCAUAAGAUUUUAUGGAGUUGUGAUGAUUGUGUGAGAGACCCUAAGCUUCGGGCAGCCAUGCCCCUUGCCUUGGUGGGCAAUGAAUUAUGCCCUCCAUGGAAGAAUUACCGCCGUGAGCAGAGCUCAAGGAAGCUAUGGCAGCCCCUAGGGGCUGCAAGGGCAGUCCCUAUGGGGAAGAGGGGGAGGGGUUUUGACGAACUGCCCAAAGUCUUUGACUCGGAUGACCUUGGGGAGGAGGGAACAUCUGAUACUGACCUAGAAAAAUUUGAACCCCUGGCUACGCCUCCUAAUCUUGAUUCGCAUGGAGACCCUUCAAGAACGCCUGUGUUAAGCAUUUAUAUCAUCUUUUUCUUCUUCUUCUAUGAAGCAAGCUGCCACGAUGAUGAGAGGUCUGCGUUAUUGCAUUUCAAAGAUAGUUUUUUGAGAACCAACAGCUGCUAUUUUCGUUCUGAUUAUUCCAAAGUUGAAUCAUGGAAUUCAUCAAGAUCAGGUGAUUGCUGUUUAUGGGAAGGCGUAGGGUGUGAGAAUGAAAGUAAUCAUGUCAUAAGCUUGGAUCUCAGUAACAGUUGUAUUAAUGCUUCUAUCAACUUCAACUCCACCCUCUUCGCCCUUGUUCACCUUCGAAGCCUUAAUCUAGCAUACAAUAGCUUCGGUCCGUCUCAAAUACCAUCAUCUAUCGGUAAUCUCUCGAGUCUGACUUAUCUGAACCUCUCUUAUUCAGAUUUUUCUGGCCAAAUCCCAUCGCAGCUCCUGAAUCUAUCCAACUUGGUUUCCCUCGAUCUAUCUAACAACUAUGGCCUGAACCUCCACAAGCCUAGUUUUAGUGAUAUGGUUCGACAGUUGACCAAUUUGAAGGAACUUCAUCUCUCAAUUGUGCGCAUUUCUUCAAGUGUUCCAGACCUCCUGUCGAAUUUUUCGUCUUUAGAAUCUCUCCGACUUGACUUGUGUGGUUUGACAGGUGAAUUUCCUGUUGCUAUUUUCCAACUCCCGAAUCUGAAAGUUCUUGAUCUCUCUCACAACUUUUAUCUUAAAGUUGACUUCCCGAGUUUCCAGUUUGGGAGUCCCCUUAAGUCAUUGAAGCUCACUGGAACAAAUUCCCGUUCUGUAAGAAAUUCAACUGCACAUGUGCCUACUUCAAUUGGAAAUCUUAUCUACAUGGAAGAGCUUGCCUUAUCUGACUGCAGUUUCAUCCCUUCCUCCAUUGAAAACCUUGUCCACUUGAAAUCACUCCGCAUCACCUAUUGUAUCUUCACCGAUCAGAUUUCGCCCACAUUCAGUAAUUUUACCAAGCUUGUUUAUUUGUACUUCUCACAAAAUCACUUCAACAUUCACCCUCCAACGACUUCUUCAUUUACCUGGAUCGGUAAGCUCCCCAAGCUCACUCAACUGUUUUUGAACAGAAUCAAUAUGAAGGGUGAGAUCCCAUUUAAUUGGCUCAUGAACCUCACUCAACUUUCUCAUCUCCAUAUGUAUAAUAAUAAACUCAUUGGUCCAAUCCCAUCAAGCCUUAUGAACCUCACCCAUCUUACAAGUAUAGAUUUAUCAUCCAACCAAUUAUCUGGUCAAAUUCCAUUACACAUUGGCCAUCUUACCUUCCUGUCUCACUUGGACCUUUCAUCUAACAAAUUGGAAGGGCAAAUUCCUACCAGUUUAUUUGACCUCAACGGUCUUAGGAUGCUUGACCUUAGUUUAAAUAAGUUGAUUGGCACAUUCGACUUCACUGUAUUCUCUCAACUUAAUUACUUAUAUUCUUUGUCUUUAUCAAAUAAUUAUAAUUUAUCAUUGAUCACCACAACUGAAUCAAAUGUCACCUUUAAAAAUAUGGUUAUCUUAGGAUUGGGAUCCUGCAAUUUAUUUGAGUUUCCUAGCUUCUUACAUAACAAAUUAGAUUGGUUGGCAUUUCUAGACCUUUCCUCCAACAAUAUUCACGGCCAAAUUCCAUCUUGGGCAGGUCUCAAAUCCUUGCAAAAUUUGAACCUUUCACAUAACCAUUUAACUGGUUUUGAUAACGAUUCAAGCAUUCUUCGAUGGGCUAAAUUACGUACUCUAGACCUUAGGUAUAAUAUGCUGAAAGGAUCUCUUCUAAUGCCACCAUCAUCAACUUCAUUCUACCUAGUAUCCCACAACAGAAUGUCAGGUGAACUCUCACCUUCCAUUUGCAAUUUAAAUUCCCUUGAAAUGUUUGAUCUGUCCUUUAACAAUUUUAGUGGCAAGCUUCCCCAAUGUCUAGGAAACUUUAGUGAUUUCUUAUCACUAUUGGAUCUCAAAAGAAAUAGCUUUCACGGAACCAUUCCGUCAAUGUGGAGAAAUGAAUGUAAGCUGAAAAUGAUCAGUAUGAGCCACAAUCAAUUACAAGGUCCACUGCCAAGAUCCUUACAGAAUUGUUCAUUGUUGGAGAUGGUUGAUUUUGGAAGCAAUCAAAUUGUUGAUGCUUUUCCUUCUUGGUUUGGCUCUCUUCCCAACUUGAAAAUUCUGAUUUUAAGGUCUAAUCAAUUUUACGGGACAAUGGAGAAUUUAGUUGCCACUGGAUUCUCCGACCUUCGAGUCAUCGACUUGUCCUAUAAUCAUCUCAGUGGAAAGCUUCCAUCCAAAUUGCUUCACAUUUGGAAUGCCAUGAAAGUCAGAAACACAAGCUACAUGACAUACAUGCAGGAUUAUAUGAUGCCCAAUCAUUCCUAUGCAGAUUCUUAUUUUGGGUACUAUGAUUACUCCAUGACAUUGUACAACAAAGGCUUGGAAAUGAAUUAUAUGAAGAUCCCUGAUAUACUGCUCGGCAUUGAUUUCUCCAACAACAAAUUCCAAGGAGAGAUUCCAGAUAUGAUCGGAAAUCUUAAAGGCCUUCAGUUGCUAAACCUUUCCAGAAACAUUCUUCAAGGUCCAAUACCAUCUUCUUUGGCAAAUUUGAAAGCAUUAGAAUGUUUGGAUCUUUCACAAAACCAGCUCUCCGGACAGAUUCCGACGAUGCUGACAGAAAUCACUACCCUUUCGUCAUUUUCUGUGUCGUUCAACCAACUUUCAGGGCCUAUACCGCAAGGAAAUCAAUUUUGUACUUUCGAAGCCAACACAUAUGAUGGAAAUCCAGGAUUGUGGGUGGAAACUUGGACAAAGCAAUGCGGAAAUGCCAGUGUUACCUCCAGCAGUUAUGGAAGAUGA